UUCCAAAUUUGAUUUAUUCAUUUAAGUUCUCAAUCGUAGUAGUUAUUUGACACAUUGAAAUUGAAUUUUCGAUAUAAUACCAUGAUCGAUCCGUGCGGAUCACUAUUUGGUUUUCUACAAAACACUCAAUUAAUUGUGAUAUUUAAAUAUGUGUGCAUGCAUGCUAAUGCAGAUGCCCUGUAUCGGGUUCCUCCUCCUCUGUUGCCUCCAUUCUGACCACCAUUCACUGACUAGAAAUGCCGCUCCAACUUCAAUCGUCCAACUAACUCAAGUACAAGCUGGAUUCUUACGUUUCUUUGUGCUACAGGCUGCCAGAGAGGGAUUCAUUUAGACUAAACUUUGAAGUGCAGUUGCAGAUUAUGCGUAAAUACCCGGUGAAGCCCAAGUUUCCGGCAGUUGGAGGCAAUGAGUGUGUGGCCGAGAUCAUUUGCGUGGGCGACAAAGUCAAAGGUUUGGAGCCGGGACAGCACGUCAUUCCCUUGGCCAGUGGUCUUGGCACCUGGACCACCCAUGCCGUCUAUAAAGAGGAUCAGCUGUUGAUCGUGUCCAAGAAAGUUGGCUUGGCAGAGGCCGCCACCUCGACAGUGAAUCCCACUACUGCCUACCGGAUGCUCAAGGACUUUGUGCAGCUUUGUCCGGGUGACACAGUCAUUCAAAACGGCGCCAACAGCGCCGUCGGCCAGGCGGUACACCAACUGUGCCGAGCCUGGGGCAUCAAUAGCGUUGGCAUUGUACGUGACCGACCCGAGAUUGCCGAAUUAAAGCAAAUGCUGCAGUGCCUGGGAGCCACCGAGGUCCUAACUGAAACCGAGAUCCGCACCAGUGACAUCUUCAAGUCGGGCAAGUUAAAGAAGCCCCGCCUGGCCUUCAACUGUGUGGGCGGAAAAAGCGCCACCGAGGUGUCGCGCCAUCUAGACAAUGGCGGUGUGCUGGUUACCUACGGUGGAAUGUCCCGAGAACCCGUCACCGUGGCCACCGGUCCUCUUAUUUUCAAGGACAUUGCAUUUCGAGGCUUCUGGAUGACUCGCUGGUCCAAGGAGAACUACAGUUCACCUGAACGUUCGAAAAUGUUUAAGGAGAUCUUCGAGCUGAUGGAGCAGGGAAAGUUCGUGGCCCCCAACCAUGAGAUGGUGCCCUUGGCUAACUUUAAAGACGCGGCGUCCGCUGCCUUGAACUUCAAGGGAUUCACCGGCAAGAAGUACAUAUUGGACAUGAGCAUUUAGAUGCGUAUCUUGAGGCUGAGCCUGCUGUUUAUUUACAUGUACGAAUAGUGUAUUAAAAUUGUUAUCUACUGUGA